AUGGGCACUUUUCAGGAAUUUCAUUCUCAUGGCACAUUUGAGAAAUCAUUAAAUGCAUCUUUCAUUGCUCUUAUUCCUAAGAAGGGCAACGCCUCUGACAUUAAGGACUUCCGGCCAACCAGUCUAGUGAGGUGUAUGUAUAAGCUUAUUGCCAAGGUCUUUGUUCUUAGAAUGCGAAAUGUUUUGGAUGGAAUUAUCUCAGAGUCACAAAAUGCUUUUGUUGGUGGUAGACAAAUUUUAGACUCCGUUCUUAUCGCAGGAGAAUGUGUCGACUCCAGGUAUUUGAGGUGCAUUCUUACAUGCUUCCAAGCAGUGUUUGGUCUUAAGAUUAAUGUUGGAAAGAGUGUGCUUAUCCCAGUGGGGGAGGUUUCCAAUAUUUCCUCUUUAGCUGCUGUUCUUGGGUGUGGAGUGGGUGCUUUUCCACCCCCUUAUCCGGGAUUACCUUUGGGAAUCUCCUCUAUUAGAGUGGGGACUUGGGAUCCGGUGAUUAACAGAUAUUUCUUAUCUCUGUUUCAAAUCUCGUGCUCUGUCGCUGAACGAAUUGAAAAAAUUCAGAGAGAUUUCCUUUGGGGUGGAAAAGGAGAGGAGUUUAAGUAUCAUCUUGUUAAUUGGGAGCAGGUUUGCAAACCGUUGAAGUUUGGCGGGUUAGGUAUCCAGAAGUUGGUCCCUUUUAAUAGAGCCUUAUUAGGGAAGUGGUUAUGGAGGUUCGGUAAAGAGCAUCAUCGACAAUGGAGAAGAGUUAUCUCGUGUCAUUUUGGGGAGGAGAGUGGAGGUUGGUCCUCUCGUCCUGUUUCUAUUAUUGGGGGCGUUAGCAUUUGGAAGUUCAUUCAGAAAGGUUGGGAUGUGUUUUCCACCCAUAUUCGGUUCAAGGUUCGUAAUGGUAUGAAUGUUAGAUUUUGGGAAGACUUAUGGUGUUGUGAUCAGUUGUUGUCUCUUUCCUUCCUCGUCUCUUUAGCAUUGCCGAGAAUAAGCAUACUUAUGUAA